GGUUCAGCAACCACCCAAAGCAGAAAAGCCCCUCUUCACCAUCACAAUCUUUCCAUUUUCUCUUCUCCCACCCAAACAACCCUCCCCCAAAUCCAUCCCGGACAUCAGGUUUGCAAAUACCAUACAUCUCCUCUUUUCCUCCGCUCGCGUUAGCCAUACCUCUCUCUCUUAUAUCUUUUUGUGCACUUGUUCCAGCUUCUAGAUCCGCUGCUGCUGGCCUGUUCUUUGCGCUGCCCAGCUCUGUCUUUCUUUUCCCUGCUCUCCCCUCCCUCCUCCUACCAUCACAAUGGCGGAGCGCUACAUCCCAGAACACCGUCGCACCCAGUUCAAGGCGAAGAGCUCCUUCAAGCCAGAUGAACUUCGUCGCCGCCGUGAGGAGCAGCAGGUUGAGAUUCGGAAGCAGAAGCGCGAAGAGAACCUCGCAAAGCGGAGAGGUAUCCAGACUCGCGAUGGAGGUAUCGGUGUAGGUGGAGAAUCUGCGCUUGGUCCUGACGAUAGCGAUGAGGAGAGUGGAACCAUUGAGAGUGAGCUUAACGUCGAGCUCCCAGAGAUGGUAAAGGGUGUUUUCUCCGAUCAAAUCGAUUUGCAGAUUCAAGCCACCACCAAGUUCAGAAAACUCCUUUCUAAAGAACGGAACCCCCCCAUCGAGCGCGUUAUUGAAACCGGCGUUGUCGGCCGGUUCGUCGAAUUCUUGCGUUCACCCCAUACUUUGGUCCAGUUUGAGGCCGCUUGGGCGUUGACCAAUAUCGCUUCCGGAUCAGCACAGCAAACCCAGGUUGUCAUCGAAGCUGGCGCUGUCCCUAUUUUCGUUGAACUUUUGAGUAGCCAUGAGCCCGAUGUACGGGAACAAGCCGUCUGGGCGCUUGGUAACAUUGCUGGUGAUAGUCCUCAAUGUCGUGACUUUGUUCUUGGUGCGGGAGCUCUUCGUCCUCUCCUUGCAUUGAUUGGCGAUGGGCGCAAACUUAGCAUGCUCCGAAAUGCAACAUGGACGCUGAGCAAUUUCUGCCGUGGGAAGACUCCCCAGCCUGAUUGGCCGACUAUCCUUCCCGCUCUUCCCAUUCUGGCUAAGUUGGUAUACAUGCUUGAUGACGAGGUCUUGAUCGACGCCUGCUGGGCUAUUUCCUAUUUGUCGGAUGGAUCAAAUGACAAAAUCCAGGCUGUCAUCGAAGCCGGUAUUCCUCGUCGAUUGGUGGAACUGCUUAUGCACGCUUCCACAUCUGUCCAGACCCCAGCGCUUAGAUCUGUUGGCAACAUAGUUACUGGUGACGAUGUGCAGACCCAAGUGAUUAUCAACUGCGGCGCUCUUCCUGCCCUUCUUUCUCUGCUCAGCUCCACUAAAGAUGGUAUCCGAAAAGAGGCCUGCUGGACCAUCUCCAACAUUACAGCUGGCAACUCUACCCAGAUUCAGGCUGUCAUUGAUGCCAACAUCAUCCCUCCGCUGAUCAACCUUUUGUCGAACGGAGAUUUCAAGACUAGAAAAGAAGCCUGCUGGGCCAUCUCAAACGCUACAUCUGGGGGCCUUCAGAAGCCGGAGCAAAUACGUUAUCUAGUCUCUCAAGGAUGCAUUAAGCCACUCUGCGACCUCCUUGCAUGCCCAGAUAACAAGAUCAUUCAAGUUGCUCUCGAUGGCCUGGAGAACAUUUUGAAAGUCGGAGAGAUGGACAAGGAGGCCGCCCAAAUGGGAGAGCCUAGCGUGAAUCGUUACGCUCUCUUCAUUGAAGAGGCUGGCGGUAUGGAAAAGAUCCACGACUGCCAGAACAAUGCCAACGAGGAGAUCUACAUGAAGGCUUACAACAUCAUUGAGCGGUACUUCUCAGAUGAGGAGGAGGCUGGCGCCGAUAUUGAUGAGCUUGCACCUCAACAGACACAGGCAGGUUUCACCUUGGGUACCGGCCAGCAACCAACAGGAUCCUUCAAUUUCGCCAACGGUGGAGAUAGUAUGGAUAUGUAAAUUUGUUGCUUAAAUAUCAACACCUCUUCAGCUAUUCUCAAUAAGAAGGAUAAGCUCGGAACCGUUCCCCAAACGACUUAUGUCUUUCUGGACAACUUCCUUCCAGCGCCUUCAACGCUGGGAUGAGAAGGUCUGUUUGAGAACGAAGCAGAAUCCCACCCACCCAUCAAUGAAUAGUUGUCCACGCCUCUUUAUCUAAUUUUCUUCCACCCUCGAGCACAAGCUUCCACUUUCCCCCUCUCCCACAGUUAAAGUUUCUGCGACGAAUUACACCACGAUAUACAAGAUUCACCGUCAUGUACCCCCCAAUAUUUUUCCAGCUGAUUUGACCUCCGUCGGACGCCUGCAUGUUUUCGAGUUUACUCCUCUUUUCCUCCCUUUUCCUCCCUUUUCCUUUUCUUCCACGGUCUACCCUACCUUAACCCAGCAUGUUAAAUACACCGGCGUAUUUCCAUCAGAUUUCCCCGCCAAUAUUUACUUUACGGCUCUCUAUUUAUUGUACUUUUUUUCCUUUUCCUCCGCUUGCCUAUUCUAUUUUAAAAGGGCGGAGCUGGUGAACAAACAUGUCUGAUUGAUUGGCUCACACCGAAAAUACAGCCGCCGAUUGAAGACUUUCUACUUUCCUCCCUCCCCCUCUCCUAAAUUUCGUACUAGAGCUGGCCCCGAUGAAAACAUUGAAAGAAGUUUUGGGCGUCGUGCGAUUUUCCCUCCUGUCCUCCUCCCACCGUUCCUCCCCUGUCUCAUCUUUACCCCCCGUUUCUUUUUCCUCUACUCAUGUUUUUCCUUGAUAUGUUUACGUUUUGGGUUGCGGAUAAUUUUUCAAAUCUCAUUUGUUUGUCCCCCCCCCCUUUACAAUUCGGCUUGGAGCAAAUAUACAAAAUAAAUGAAGAAAAGUUAAUUUUUUUUAUUAUUUAAUACUUCGAUUUAUUCAUUAUUUCUCGCGUUUAUAUCAGGUAUAAUGGCGGAUUAAAUGAGUGAAUAACCAGCUUUUUACAUCAUCAUCCAUUUUUGGGGAGGUUAACUUCAGCUGAUGAAUUUAGGCUGGGCCAUUGCUACAAGACUUCAAGUCUACCUAGCAACAUCUUCCCUUGAGUAUUCACGUAUCAGAUAUGAAUUUUAUUUUUCAGUUCAUUAAUACUUAUGAAGAGAAUUAUUUAUGUCCAAAAAAAUAGGCCUGGGGGCCAAAGUAUAAGAUAACGAUGGUAUAUAGAAAGGAAAGAAAAGCCAAAAAUGAGAUGAUAUAAAUUUAUUUAUAAGUAAAUCCUCCAUCAAAUCCAACUCGAUAUAGAACGACACUUUGAGUUUACGCUCUUCCGUUCAUAGCUGUCCCCUUCAGCGCCUCCAGGAUAACCUCGCCCAUCAUCACCACCUUCUCCUCCUCGAACUUGCGGCCUACUAGCUGCAAGCUGACUGGCUGCCCGUGGACGGCGGAGGGGUUGUCUGAAUUUCAUUUCACGUUAGCCAUUGGUGUGUGUUUGCUUGUUUGUGUGUGUUUGUUUGCGGGUGAGGAGGGACAGGGGAAAAAAGUGCAACUUCAGAUGACAAGUCGCAACAAAGACAAACGAAGAACAAACAGCAGAGCAAGAGAGAGAAAAAGAGAGAAGAAAGGAGGGGGGAGGAAUAGGACGUACAUUCCCUCUGCACAAUGCCGUCAACUUUACUCAGUUCAGUCUCGUUUACGUCGGGGCCGUCUACGGCCGCAUCAGCCUGUACGCCGCACGGGAACGACAGACAUGAGUAAUCGAGGAUGUUGUACACGCCUGUGUAACCGACGUGCUUGAAGAGGCCGUGCUCAACUGUCGCGAAGGGGGUUGUGGGGGCUGGCGCAAUAAAUAGUCAGUCGUUGAUGUUAAAAAAAAAAAAAAGACACGAGAUUCUUCCACUUUGUUUGCCAAAUUGGAAAUGGCUUGGUAUUAUCAUUAACUCACUCAACAGCCCAUCGAGUCCUUCACACGCAUUCCACCGCUCCAUGUAGCUCUGCUGGAACCUAUUGCGUUCAACGUGCAGUUUCCACAGCGCCUGUACGCCGCCGUCCUUGGCGUGGCCGUACCGGUCCAUCUCGGGGCGGAUGGGUUCUUUGGUCGCGGCGAGGAUAUCUUGCACGGUCGUGCCGCCGUCGGAAAGGAAGAAGCGAUCCUAAAAAAGAACAUCCCCCCGGCUUCAAUACCUUUCAUCAUUGCACCCCCAAUCGUGCCCGGGAAAUAAAAUAAAGGAUUGAAAAAAAGUGUGGUUUUGCAUACCAAAAUAUCAUUCCCCUCUUUAUGCCCCGUCGCGUCCCAAUCGACAACCUCAUGCCCAGCCUUCCGCAACUUGUCCACCGUCUCUCUCAUCGCGCGGCGAACCGGCGGGGUCGGCCGGACUAUGCCAUCAUCCCAUAACACGGCCAGCUUCAGGCGCUGCUUGCGCUCCACGGCCCGCCAGGGGAUCGGUAUGCACUUGGGAUCGCGGAGCCAGGGCUCACUGUUGGUCACCACGGAGGAAAAGAGCUUGAUGGAGUCUAGCGUUGCGGCCAUGGGUCCGUUGACGCUGAGGACGGACUCCUGUCCCGCGAGGCCGGAUUUGGUCAGGAAGUUGGGGAAUCGGCCGAAGGAGGGUCGCAGGGUGAAGAUUCCGGUGCAGGCGGCUGGGAUGCGGAGGGAGCCGCCUGUUCGUUAUUUGAGGUUUUAGCAUUGCGCCUUUUGAUUUAUUUUAUUUUAUUUUUCUUGUCCGUUCCUAUAGUUUUUGGGGAGGAUUGGAUGGAUGGAUGGAUGGAUGGAUAGACGAAGGACAGCUACGUACCAAUAUCCGUCCCAACACCUAGGGGGCUACCUCCGAACGCAAUCAAGGCAGACUCGCCGCCCGACGACCCGCCGGGCGUCAGCAGGCGAUUGCGAGGAUUCAACGUGCGCCCAAACACGUUGUUCACCGUCUCGGCAAUCAUCAUUGCCGUCGGCACGUUCGUCUUGACGUACAGCACCGCGCCCUGCUCGCGCAGGAGAUCCGUCAUUAUGCUGUUGUAGGUAGCCGGGUCGUUGACCCAGCCCGUGAAACCGAGCGUCGAGUCCUUGCCCAUGACGUUGAAGUUGUCCUUGAGCGAGACGGGGAGGCCGUGGAGGGGCCCGACUGGCUUGCCGGUGGCGGCCAGGUGGGCGUCGAGCGCCUUUGCAUCUUUUAAAGCCUCUGGGAAGAGGGUUUCGGAGAGGCAGUUUGUCUAGUUGGAUGUGUUAGCUGGUAUUUUUCUGUUCUUUUCUUUGUUUUUGUGAUGAUAUAUAAUAAAGAGAGGGAUAGUGUAUUGGAUUGAUUCGCAAUGCCAUUCGUUCAUACCAGUUGAUGGGCAGCAGCAGCCCGUUUGCAGAAUGCGCGGGUGACAGCUUCAGCGCUCCAGGCGCCCGUUGUGGUCUUUGCUAGGAUUUCAGCGGCCGUCGAGCCUGUGAUCUCCAGCUCGGAGGCAGUGAACCAGCCCGAUGUUUUGGGGAAGCUGGUCACGUCCGUCUGCGUGGCCGGCGGGAAGAUAUCUGCUGGGAUGAUCCAUUCCGCCGGGAUGGAGGAGAGAAGCUCUUCCCGCUUCGCAGCACCAACUGCUUCCCAGAUUGGAAAAGCCGAGGGCAGAGAGCAAGCAACCCUAUAAUAACGUAAACAAAAUCCUAGUCUAAUAUAUAGAAGAAAUGAGAGCAAAAAAGAAAGAAUAAAAAAAAAAGAAAAAAACCAAUUCCUAACCGUGGGGCUAGGGACCAAUAUCGGUCGGCAAUCUCAUCAGUACAUAAGUACAUAUCUUACAUUCCCCUUCCACCAACCUCCUAGUACCCAACUACUCUACUACGCCGAAGCAGCCGGAUGGUCGCUUUCCACCCGCACCACAUUAUUCUCUCAGGAAGGGCCGGAUAGAAGUCGGCAAGUAGCGAGAAAGAAAAAACGGGUUUCUUCUACUGCUAUCGACUAGGGCGGAGAAGCGAAGAAACCCACCAAUGUGUGCCAAAUUUGGCCGGCUUGGUUGAUGGGAUGUGGGAUGUGGGAUGUGGGAUGGGAGAUGGGAGAUGGGAGUUUGGUUUGGCAUGAUUUCUUCUUCCCCUUUGGCCUUUCGCCGAUAUCAAACCCCGCAUUGGCAGGUUUGUGUGGUUGGAAGAGAGAGAGUUUGUUUGGUUGAGCUGAGGGGUUAUCAUUCAUGUAGUUAUUGUAGUUAUUAUUCUACCCUUCUUUUUUUCCCUUUCGCCUGGUUCCUCC